GUUAGGUCAGGGAUUUCUAAGGGAAUACCCAGAGGUUGCAGCUGCUGCUGAGCUCACAGCUCCAGCAGCACCACGUUGGCCGGCGAGAGAGCUAGCAGCAGGCGAGAGCCACGGCCACAGGCUUGAAGAGCUCUUACCGCAAAGUAGCAGGAGAGGGGGGAGGCGAGAAAGCCAGAAAAAAAGUGAUCCGUCGCUUUCCGUGGCGGGGCGGGGUGCCCAGGGAAGCCGAGGUCCCGCCGCCCCUCUGUCACGCGUGGACCCCCGGCUGGAAGGGAACGAGGAGAACUGACCGCUUCGGAAGACGAAAGAAAAUUGAAAGGAAGAAAAGAAAAAGAAGCUAAGUUAUGCAGAACUGAUUGAUUCCCCGAGACUCGGGGAAGGCAUGAGUCUGUCGGGGCUGCGGGACGCGUGUAGGCUGGAGCCGCAGCCCCCACGGGAGCGGGCCGGCCCGCGGUGAACGGGGCGUCCUGGUGGGGAGGUGGAUCAGCAAAGCAGCGGCAAUGCGGGGACGCCUGCUCUAGAGAAGCCUCCUGGAGAGGGAGUGUGCAGCCUCGAGAAAAGAGGGGGCUAAAGAGGCAGCCCCCAUCCUGGAGCCCGCCCCCCCUUCUCCUCUCCCGCAGCCCCCCUCCCUUGCCCAGAACCCCCAGCCCGGCAGAGUUCAACACCCCUACCGCGUUCCACUCUGGGAGAGAUGCCCCCAGCCCCUGCGACCCCCCGGGGACAACGCGAGCAUGGAGAAGUCGAGUAGCGAGGAUUCUUCGAUCCACCGGAGUCCAUCUUUGGACAGCAAGGACUCGGACUUUGCCAAGCCCUCUUCCUCGGGCCGCCCCUUGGGCCGCGGCUUCACCGCAGGCGCCUUCUAUGGUACCACGGGCUCGAGAACUCGGGGCCAGAGCCACGCUGAGGCCGGAGUGAAAACAGACAAGUACAAUGCCCCGAAGGGCAGCAAGUACGUGGUGUUUUACCUGGACCUCUCCUUUGUCUUCCUUCUAGAAUUUAAGAAGUGCAACAUGGCCAGGGGUUGCCUCUGCUGUUUGAAAUACAUGAUGUUCCUGUUCAAUUUGAUAUUUUGGCUGUGUGGUUGCGGACUGUUAGGGGUGGGCAUCUGGCUUUCUGUCUCCCAGGGAAACUUCGCCACCUUUUCCCCCAGUUUCCCCUCACUGUCAGCAGCCAACCUGGUCAUUGCUAUCGGCACUAUUGUCAUGGUGACUGGCUUCCUGGGCUGUCUGGGGGCCAUCAAGGAAAACAAGUGUCUCCUUCUCAGUUUUUUCAUCGUCCUGCUGGUCAUUCUCCUGGCAGAGCUGAUCUUACUCAUCCUGUUUUUUGUCUACAUGGACAAGGUCAAUGAUAAUGCCAAGAAGGAUCUGAAAGAAGGCCUGCUCUUGUAUAACACAGAGAAUAAUGUGGGACUGAAGAAUGCCUGGAACAUCAUUCAAGCUGAGAUGCGGUGUUGUGGUGUCACUGACUUCACAGACUGGUUUCCUGUGCUGGGAGAGAAUACAGUUCCUGACCGCUGUUGCAUGGAGAAUUCCCAGGACUGUGGGCGCAACUCUACCACCCUUGUGUGGAAAACAGGCUGUUACGAGAAGGUAAAGACAUGGUUUGAUGACAACAAGCAUGUUUUGGGCACAGUGGGGAUGUGCAUUCUCAUCAUGCAGAUUCUAGGCAUGGCCUUCUCCAUGACACUUUUCCAGCAUAUUCACCGAACUGGUAAAAAAUAUGAUGCCUAAGCCAACUGGCUGGGAGUGCCAUCCAUCCUCUCUCUACACCAGGGAAGAAUUGUGCUUUUGUAGCCUCCUGAACAUCAGACUGCCAUCCCUUCCUAUGCAUAACCCAACCCUGUUCAGCAGAUCAAUGUUCCCACCCUUUCCGAAUCAUCCAUAGACUUCUUUGUUGGGUGGGCAGGGUGGGUAGGGAGAGUGGGAAGGAAACCUCAGGAGGUGGGAAGUUGUGUGUGUGUGUGUUGGGGGUGGGGGGUGGGACUUUUCUGCAUCCACAUCUGUUUCUUUGCCAAAGAAGAUGGAGGGAUGGGGAGAGGAUGAGGUAGAGUGAUGGGAGAUGCUAAAAGAGCAAACUCCAAUAUGACACUAAUCCCUCCUUAGCUCUCCUUUCCCUCCUGCCCUUCUUCUACGCACUGACACUUUGCCUGACCCAUAGGGGAAGAGGAUUGGGAGGAGGAGACCGACUCUAGUCCUUGCUGGGGGCUUCUUCCUCUUCGCUUCCUUGUCCCCUUUCAAGGGACACAGCCUCUUCUGUUUCUGUUUAUAGCCACACCUCGCCCCCACCUCUGGUCCAGAGAUCUGGAAGACUUAAUGGGAGGGAGGGCCAGGGAGGCCCAACAAUUUUAAGUAAGGGGCCCCAGGCAAUGUUCUUUCUGAGGCAUUUUGUACCCUAUGAUGUAUCUUUUUUUAUCAUUUUAUUUUAUCCUGAUUUUGAUCAUUUGGGAUCAGUAUUCCCCAAAUACCUUUAGGAUUAGCUUUCUGAUCUUGUAACUUUUUACUAUAUUGGUUUCUUUGACUUUUUUGGUUUUUUUGUUGGGGGGUAGUGAUGGGUGGGAGGGCAUUCAUCUGUGCAAAAAAACACUGUGCAACACUUGGGAGGACCUUGGUAGACAUGUACUAGAUUUUUGGGGGCAGUAUAGAGAGGAUGAGAUUAACUGGCUGUGCCGAGAAAGCUAGGACUUGGCUCAGUUCCUCCACCUCUGUGAGGGGCUAGACAGGAGGGUCCAUGACCCUCUCAAAGACUUUCCUCUGGAGCUCAGAGUCCUUUGCUCCCAGUAUUUUGGCUUUUGUGAAGUGAAGCAGGUUCAGGGGUCAAGCAAGAGGCAAAGAGGAUCCAGUACCAGUGCCAAUGGAAGAUAGAACCAAUAGGGGUGUGAGUUGGGUGGGAACAGGGGGUUGGGGAGGGGUAUAAUAAUAAUCAGAUAAUAAGGGAGCUUGCAGUAUUUCUUGCUAAUCUCUUUACCAGGAAUUAGGCCUGAGCUAGGAUUUAUCUGCUGCUGGGUUUUUUUUUUUUGUCUUUGUCUUUUUUUAUCCUUCCCUCCCAACCAUCUUUGGCAUGGGAGAUUCUCCCUUCACUCCAUUCGGUCAUUCCCACAUCAAAUUCCCCAGACCUCCCUUUUUUCCCCCCAGACAUUCCUGUUAGAACUCUUGAUCAUAUACCUCGGUAGUUCGAAUGCUGCAUUUCUCACAUAUUGCUGCUUUUCACAAAGGAAAGGACAGAUGGAGUUGUUAGAAGGGAUCUCAGAGAUUGUCUAGGACAAUUUCCUCACUUGACAAAUGAACAUGAGGCCCAGAUUCAGAAUCUGCUCCCCCAGGACCCAAAUAUACCUUUGGAUCCCCAGAGAGAUGGCUGGGUGAUUUACUCCCCCAAGGCCUGGGGUAUCAUCCUAUUUCUUGGGAGAUCUCCAGUGCUUGACAUUAUCAGAAAUCUAGUCUCCCUCCUGUGGGUUGUAGAAUGGAGUGAUAAUGUUCCAACAUAAUCCUAGGACACAUUCUCCAUUCCCUAUCUCUAAUCAAGGAGGAAUUAAUACAAAAUAAAACAUGAAAGAAACCCAUGUACAUCCAGUAAAUUAAAAACAACUCAGAAGAGUAAAACUCAAUUCAUAGUGUAUGCAAAUAUGAAAAGGAGAUAGUGGAAAAUUUGUCCUCGGGGCAGCUAGGUGGUACAGUGGAUAAAGCACUGGCCUUGGAUUCAGGAGGACCUGAGUUCAAAUCCAGCCUCAGACACUUGACGCUUACUAGCUGUGUGACCCUGGGCAAGUCACUUAACCCUCAUUGCCUUGCCCAAAAAAAAAAAUCAUCCUCAACAAAACACAAAUUGCCCCCAUCCCCCAAGCCCUCUUUGUUGGUUCUACUAACCAACCCUGGGAAAAGUCUGGGAAUCCCACAGAAGAGAGCUCUUAUGUGCUGAGCUCCUCAUUGGCUCAUGUGCUAGGGCCAGGUCAGUGACCCAGUUUCCAUCUAUAUUUCCUUUUUAUUACCUGAGAAAUGCUGGCAUAACCAACAAAUCCUCGACCAUUGGUUUACUUUAAACUUCAUAAAAAUUGGGACCAGGAGUGCAAAUGUUCUGGUUUGGCCAAAGCUUCCUUCCUUUCCCUCUCUCUUUCCCCCCACCCCAAUUUGCUUGCCAGGGUUAGUGGUGAAGGGGUCUCUCAAAGGUGGAGUGUAGGAGUCGUUUCCUCUUUAGGACAAAAUACCAUGGCAAUGAUAAAAGAUGCUGCUAUUAGAGAGAUAACUUCCUCACCAUGAAACCAAGAAUGGCAAGGUCUGAUUCCUUCAUGUUUGUCUUUUAAAAUUUUUUAUUCUUUCCCCUUAUUCCCUUCACUUUCCAUCUGUCCCCUUCCCCUGUCUACCUUUCCCCUUUUCUACCUGUGCCCACCCCUCUCUGUCUCCUUCCCUCUCUCCUUGUACACUUCCGUCUCCCCUUGUUCCCUCCCUCCCCCCUGUCCCCAUUCCUACUCCCCUUCAUACCUCCAUUACUAGCUUUUUUGGCCUUUUUUUUCCUGGUAAGAAGCUUCAGCUACCUGCUUAAGUGACUCAUCCAACCUGGUGAGAGAUGGCGCAGAAGAGAGAUUUUGGUGAACUGGUUUUUGAUGCACAGGGUUGGAUCUGGUGUAUCUUAAGUUUUUGGCAUGGGAUGGGUUUAUUUGUGCCUAUCAAUGCAGUUUUUAAUUUGUAUUAACUUGAGCAGCAAGAAUGCGUAGAGCAGUAGUGGCACUGGGCCUCCUGGAAGACUGAUUUUUUUUUUCUGGGAGGUGCCAUGGGCCUUUUUCUGGUUUGUCAGCAGCCACAGUCACUCUCUCUACUUCUUUCCUGUCUGCUUUCUCCCUUUGUUGUGUUCAGCCCAUUGAAGUCUCCCUAAGCACGGCUGUUCAGCCAUUUUACUGAGUCCACAUUAGAGCAGAUUCCCUUUGGAUAGGUGUUCUCAUCGCUGUUUCACGCUGCCUGCCCCACAGAACCAGUAGUCACAUCAGCCCCAUCUGAGGUCGGUGAUGCUCCUUCACUUGUCAUUCUGUGGGAUGGUUUGAAAUGAACACCUAAUUUCCUUUGCCAAAGAUGUGAGUUGACUCUGAUGGUGGCAUUUACAAACUCAGCACUGCCCCCCAACAUGCUUCUCCCCCGACUCGUGAUAAAUGCGUUAGUCAGUAGUAUUUGAGUUUAAAUAACCCAGAGGAAUAAGUGAUUUCAGAAGGUCCCAGAGGGAAUUUUAGGCCUAAUGUAGUACUAAUGUUUCACCAAAACAUUUCAGCUUUAUUUCAGUUGUAUCCCUUAUACAGAAGCGGGCCAGGAAGGGGACACAAAGAUGGGGAAAAAGAUUCAAAAGGGACUCUUUAGAACAGGGGUUUGGCAGUCUAGGGCACUCAUUUCACCAUCAUAUCUCCUUCUUGCCACUGGCUUGAGUUGUUCAGCCACUGCUAGAAGAGCCACUGCUCAGAGCCCCCUGCCUUUGGCACUCCCCUCCAUUCCCCAGGUGGGCUGCUAUCUUUUGAACAGUUGCCAGCCUCUAACCUAAAACACAUCUCACUUCACCCUGGAUUUUGACCUCCACUUCUACAGCCUAUUUUGGCCUCAUCUUGGACCUCUGAAGUACUAGUGGCUUAAACGAACUGAUGUGUUUUCCCCUCUCUUGUCCCCCGACCACCCUUGGGUGGAGGUGCUAACACACAGGGAUGCAGCAACAGGAGGGAAAGUGGUGUGCCCCUUGGCCUCCUGAUUCCAUCCUCUCUCUGCUUCUCAUUCAGUCUCCUCCCCAUUCCUUCUUCCCUUCUGUGCACAACAAAGCAAUAUUCCUCAAGGUGAGGAACCCCAGCCUCCUUACCACCUCACUUCAACUUGCAGGAGUUUUCUAAAGAGGUAUUGGGUGAUAGAUGGCUCCCACCUCCCACCCUCUCCAAAUCCCCCUAACCUUCCCAUGGGGGCAGUAAGGGAAAAUAGGCUUGUUGGUUUCGAAUGCACUUUUCUGCUUGCAAUGGUCUGUCUGUGCUUUUCCUCCUUCCUGCCCGGCUUUUGUUAUUUAAUGCCACAUUUUUAGCAUGUUUUUAAAUAAAAAUGGAUAAUUUGAGUCAAAAGUAAGCACAGUGUGUUCCCCACAUGGCUUCAUAUUUCUUGACCUCUCUCUGAGUGCUAAAAACUCCUCCCAUAGGCGGUGGUCCCUAUUCUCUGGGGAAUUUCCUUCUUUAGAGUACCCUGUGUUUUCACUGAAUUUAGCCCAGUGUAUAUUUUGUUAUGGAGUUUCUUCUUCACAGGAGAGGAUCAAAUCUAGCUGUAGUGGUUUGGUGGGCCCGUGGAGUUCAAACCAAAUGGGCUGAACCCCAGAGCAGAAUUGGAAAGCCUGGGCCACUCUUACAGAGUAUGGUGAGCACAUUGGGAUACACCUGGAGCAGGCUAGCCAUCCACCUUCUAGCCUGGGCACUGCAGGAAGAGCCUGGUCUUGUGGGGAGGUUUCAGAGGGAGGAGGAGAUACCAUCGGGACCUCCUUCAGUUGUCAGGCUGUCACUGUCAUGAUGAUGAUGUGCAAACUUCUCCGCAUCCCUGGGAAGGGAGGGGCAUGGUGUCAUGACUGCAGAGCAGCUUGGGGAACUUUUUUUAAGGACCUAUGUGUUCAAGGCAUAGGCACGCCUUCCACCGUGCAAACCUCAACACCUCUCUGCUUUACCGGGCAGUUUCAUAGACUGCUGUGGCCAAAUAAUGUAUUACUUUUUGGUCAGCUUUCUCAUGCUGAGCCUUUCUCCCCAUUUAAGCAGGCUGGUCUCUGGACAACUGAUAAACGAUCCAUUACUGGGCCCAUACUUGGGGCCUUUCCACAUGGCUAGGACCUGCCUGUGCUUCUGCUUUGCUAGCAUAGCCUUUGAGAGCCUUGGGUCACCUUCUACCAUGAUGAGGUAUUUCAAGAUGUCACUAGAGGAGUAACAGGUAGUGAUAAAAGCACCAACUCAAAUGCCUCGGUUGAGUCCUGUUUGAAGGAUUCUGAAAGAGAAAAAGGGGUACUAGGUGUAUAAGAAUUCAGAGAGCCCCUUUCAGUUCUGUGUGUUUUUUUAAGGAGCAGCCUCAUAAACCCAGAUUGAGAUUAGACCAUGGGGCAGAGACUCCUGCUACCUGAUGUCCAAAAGGGAGCUCCCUCCAGUCUGAUUUCUUCCAGGCUCUUUUGUACUCUUCAUUCUGCUCCUGCAUCUACCCUGGGGCUCCUAUAUGACCCUUGGUGCUCAGCUCUUUCUAUGCAAUACCUACCUGAGCCUUUGUACUGGGGAUUUUGUAUCAGCUUGACUUACAGAAAUAAAUAAUCUUAAACUAAA